AUGUUGAAUGCGAGAAAAGGCACGGGAUCGUCUGGAAGUAGGAUAGCUUCCACCUCUGAGAGCGGUCACUCGUCGGUGAAAGAGGUGCACAAACACGCGGAGGAGGAGGAUCAGGAAUUGGCGCAGCACAAGUUCCUCUCUGGUUCUACAAAAACGAAAUCAACUUCUACUUCUACCGCUUUCAAGAUGACGUUGAGCAAUUCCAAAAAAGAAGCCCAGCAGAAGGAACAAGCCGGUCUUGCUACGAAACAAGGGUCUUCCACUACUUCUUUCAAAAUGACGCUGAACAAUGCGAAAAAACACACAACGUCACAGGACCUGCACCUCCGUCGUGAAAAGCAAGGUACUGGCGCUGGCGGCGACGCGCUGCCGCAGUGCGGCGGCACCGUGACCCUGUCCAUUCAAAAUGACAUCAUGUGGAUCUGCGACAAAAUGACGGAUAUGCGAAUGCAAAUAUGUUUUUUAUCUGCUAUUUUUGCGUCUGGAAAAUUAAAGUUUGUCUUGCCAUGCACUCCUUGCUCGCAACAUAGGUGUUGACGGCAGACAGAAGCUUGUUCGCAUGGCAAACACGUGCACCUGCAUUAUAAUUGUGGCCGAACGAAUGACAGAGUUGUCAACAUGCCUGCUCCCGAGCGUCCUUCCAAACUAAUUCACGGUGGUAAUAUUGAAAUAUUUGCAAUGCAUAACAAUGCGCCAAGGGGUUGCCUCCGGCGGAUUUUUGCACUACAAACUCGGGAAUCCGCUAAAACUCGACGGCAAACCGCCGGCAACAGCAGAACAAGCGGUCACGCAUAUCCUGAGUAAAAACGUCCCCACACCACAGUCAGGAUGGUGAUUUUGCAGCACAAACCUAGGAGUUUUGGGAGUCACGCAUGACAAAUUGCACCCCGCAGUGUAGUGCUGGUUAGCAAGUGCAGCCGCAUCACAGAUUCAUCUGCUCAUCCUGUUCACAGUAUCACAAAUUCCAAAACACGAUUGGAAAUGGCUCUCAUGGGGGUGCGCAUUACAAGUCUUCCUGUCUUUGCAAAUCUGCAUUACAACUCUGGUGUGGGUACGUUUUUACUCAGGAUAACGCACAACUACAUCGGUUGCAAGGGCGUGAACAGGGCAGUGCAAGCGUGCACAGUGGGUACGACCUGUGGCGCCUGUGCGGAAGCAGCUUGCAGCGACACCGACACCGUCUUCACCCACAUCUUGGACUGUGAGAACUAGAAAAUUUUCUCUGGCACUCGUACGCAUGAUAAUAAGGACCACUACAUCUCUUUUUUUUUUUUUGAAGCAGCUACAGAAGUAAGAAGUAUCACUGAACCUUGAAACAAUCGAAUGCAGGAUGAAAUAAAUACGCUUUUAAAAAAUGAAUAACAACCGAAGGAGCAGAAUAAAAUGAACUUUCUUGUACAAUUGGAGCGGCUGUUAAAAGAACAUUGCACGGGGCCUGAUCGGCUUUUAUCAAGCUGCGUCAACUGACUUUCAAGAAGUAUGACUGUAAUCUCUACUGAAGAAAAUCGAGCAAAUUACGAACAGGCCGAAGUAGGUGCCGUAGCGCAGCUGCGCGGAGG